CGGAAGAACUCAGUGUUUCACAGAGUCAGCAUCUGAGAUGACGUCGUCCCAAGUGAUCGCGUUCCUCGCUGUUCUCCUGACAUCGCAGGCUGCUGUCAAUCAGCCGGGUAAUAAUGACACUGUCGCCUCUGCAGGGUUCGGUUCCAACAUCGUCAAUGGGCUAAACCGCUUCGUGAGCAAAAUCACCAAUAGAAACGGUGUAACUAAUAACGUUACAUCUGCAGUUAGUAACGUUACAUCUGCCAGAAUCAUCAGCAGUGGACUGCAGCACAGCGUUGUCUGUCCUCCCCCGAGGUCGGACCCUCAGGCAGUGGGUGUUGGCCACAACCUGAGCAUGGUGAACGUGAUGUCCAGGGUGAUUGUCGCCCUAAACCAUUCGCAAUCACCGCAGAACCAGACAGGUGUAUGCGGCACAGAACAGAUUCCGAUUACAAACACCAGUGGGAAUACGAGCGCGUCGAGUGUUUCUGGAAACCAAACUAACACGACAGAGUUCCGAACAGAGACGUUCUGCUGCCGAGGCUAUCUGAAGGACGUGUUCGGCAGGUGUGUUGCUCAGUGUGACAGCGCAUGCGCCAACGGUGUGUGUACAGCUCCCAACAACUGCACUUGUCAUGGCGGUUACACGCUCGACAGAAGCGGAAACUGCGUGCUGGAGUGUCCCUGCGGAUGUCUCAACGGGGUCUGUGCAGCAAAUAAUUCUUGUACGUGCAACGCUGGCUUCUCGCGAGUUGGGAAGAUUUGCGUUCCGGUGUGUCAGAGCGGCUGCGUCAACGGUAACUGCACGGAGCCCAACAUUUGUACAUGCAACCCCGGUUACAUCGAGGACCUCUAUGGCAGUUGUAUUCCAGCUUGUUCUGGCGGCUGUCUGAACGGGGACUGUAUAGCUCCCAACAAAUGCACCUGUCACCAGGGUUACAGGAAAAAGAACCCACACUACAACAUAUGCGUACCUCGCUGCCCGCAGGGUUGUCUCCAUGGCGACUGCACAGCGCCGAACGUCUGCACUUGUCACACAGGUUACGUCAAGAACAAUGCAACUAAGAAAUGUUCACCGACUUGCAAAACACCUUGCAUCAACGCCGACUGUACAUCGCCCAACACUUGCACAUGCCACGUGGGAUACCGCAUGACCCCUGGCGGUAGUAAUAAAACAUGUCUUCCUGUUUGUAAGAAUGGAUGCCUUAAUGGGGAGUGCACGGCUCCCAAUGUCUGUACCUGUCAUUCUGGCUACACCAGAGACCCCAACAACAAAACCGGAAACACGUGUGUUCCUACGUGCACUGGGGGUUGUUCUAAUGGCGACUGCACAGGCCCCAACAUCUGUACCUGUCACCUUGGGUAUGCCAAAGAUCCUCAAAUACUUGAAGGUAACAGAUGCAUCCCACACUGUCCUGGAGGGUGCAUAAAUGCCACCUGUACAGCAGCAAAUACAUGUACCUGUCUUCAAGGUUAUGCCAAAGUAGCCAACUCUAGCAACGUAUGUGCACCUAUUUGCACAGACGGCUGUAUAAAUGGCGAUUGCACGUUACCAAACACGUGCACCUGCAAAUCAGGAUAUGAGAAAGAUCUUGCAGAUAUUAAGGGCAGUAGAUGUAUACCAAAAUGUGAAAAUAAAUGUGUGAACGCAAUCUGUACAAGUCCAAACAUGUGUAUCUGUUUAGCAGGAUACAUUAAGGACAGAACAGUCAGGACAAACAACAUUUGUAUCAGACGAAUCAAACGGUCCAGCCCCACUUUUCAGAAUUGGCUAGAUAAUGAGAAUUCAAAAUAUAUUUAAGCACUGUAUCACUGUUACAAUAUCGGGAAUGCUAUUAAAUAUAUGCUAUUAUUGGUAUUAGAUGUAAAAACAUGCUCUUAACAUAAACAUAAAUGGUUCAAUUAUAUUUCUAUAAAUGUUUGAAUCUGUAAACAUGAAAUAAACAUUUUUCAAUGUGA